AUGCGUUCCUCUGUUGCCCUUCGACAGGUGCAGCUGCUCCGCGCCCUCAGGAGCGCGCCAGUGUGUCGCGCCAGGGGUCUCGCGCCCGUCUCACGGACAAGGGAUCAUCUUGGACACCUGACCCGGCCCCUCAGCCGCCAGACGACAGCACACUACGGCCGCGGAGCGCGUUUGUUCAGCACCGGCACCCAGGAUGGCGACGACGAGGAACGUGGCUCGUACAGCGAGAGAGAUCACGAGCAUGCCGUCAUCUCGACCUUUGACCCUCUUCUCCAUUUGGCAUCGGACCGUCGUCCUCUCAUACUGUCGGACCCCAUGCGUGCGGGCAACAUUUUCGUCGCAGAUCUCAUCGAAGCAGGCUUCCUUGACAAGGUCCACAGGAUUCGCAUUUCCAUCUACGGAAGCCUUGCCCUCACUGGGGAGGGUCACAUGACGCCGUCCGCUCUUUUGCUCGGCCUCGAGAGCGCAGACGUCGAGAGCGUCGAUACGGACUACGUCCCCGAGAGGUUCACCAAGAUUAAAGAGGAAAAGGAGCUCAUUCUUGGCCAUGGCCUGCUCGGCAGUGAAGGCAAGAAGAUUGCCUUUGACUACGAGCGCGACUUUAUCUGGGAAUGGGGGAAGAAGCUCCCGAUGCACAGCAACGGCAUGCGUUUCAUGGUCUUCGACAAGGAGGGCUACAUGAUCGCCACAAACGACCUCUUCAGCGUCGGCGGUGGCUUUGUUGUCAACGGCGCCAUGUCCAUCAACCCGACCUCGGCUGCGCCAUCAUCUUCGGAUCACGGGGCCCUCGUCGAUCCCAACGGGCCCGCAGAGGCUGGCCACCCGUCUGAUCUGGCGGAAAACAUGUACUACAAGGAGAUUCGACGUUCCGACGCAGCAGGUGACCGCAAAACCGGACCCGAAGUCAAGCUCGUCGAGCCACCAGUCGAGCCGAGCGACUCGGCCACCCCACCGGCGCAGAUUGGCCAGGAACAGACAGCAACCUCUGACGAAGCCCUGGCGCUUCAGCAGACCGAGCAACAGACCGAAGGCUCGGGACAGCAGCAGCAGCCGCGGUACCCCUUCCGUGACGCCGAGAGCCUGCUGGCCUUGUGCGAAAAGCACAACCUUACCAUUGCGCAGCUCGUCUACGAAAACGAGAAGAGCCAUGGCUAUACCGAUCAAGAGAUCCUCGAAAAGGUCUAUCGCAUCUGGGAGACCAUGGACAACAGCAUCCUUGAAGGUGUCCAGGCACCGCUGGACUCGGUGCUUCCGGGAUCCCUCAAGCUUCACCGCAGGGCGCCCGCUCUUUACAGGCGGCUGACGAGGGGUCUCUACCCAUCACAUACACAGGCCAACAACAACAGCAAGGCAUCCGCGAGCCAUGCCGACAGCACCACGGUCAAUGCCUCGGAGUCGCCAGCGAAGCCGCAAAAGAGUUUGGUGAGGCCCGAGAUCAAGGGGCCACGAACCCCGGCCAAGGUUCACGGGUCUUUCUUCCACCCAGUGUCACCUUCUCCCUCACGACGGACAGCAUUCCCAGCCAUGGACCAUUUAUCCGUCUAUGCCAUUGCGGUUAAUGAGACCAACGCCGGCGGCGGCCGUAUCGUGACGGCCCCGACCAAUGGAGCGGCCGGCAUCAUUCCCUCUGUUCUUAAGUACACAAUCGAAUUCGUCAGCGACGAUCCGGAGCGCGACAUCCUGACGUUCCUCCUGACUGCGUCGGCCAUCGGUAUGCUCUACAAGCGCGGCGCCACCAUUUCCGCCGCCGAGGGUGGGUGCAUGGCCGAAGUCGGCGUCGCGUGCUCCAUGGCCGCCGCAGGUUUCGCCGCCUGCAUGGGCGGCAGUCCGCAUGUGAUUGAGCAAGCUGCAGAAAUCGGCAUUGAGCACAAUCUCGGCCUGACGUGUGACCCCAUUGGUGGACUGGUGCAGGCGCCAUGCAUCGAGAGAAACGCGCUGGGAGCUAUCAAGGCCAUCUCGAGCGCAAACCUGGCUCUCAGUGGGACCGGGUCGCAGAGAUGGGCUCGCCACGAGCGUUCCAUUUAA